AUGCUUCUUGUUUGUUGUGCCUAUUUUUGUCAGUUAGGUUGAUGGUUGGACAAGAUGAUCUCUAAGGUCCCUUCCAACCUAGAAGAUUCUGUGAUUCUGCGCUUCACCUUUGCGUCGUGCUGGUUCUAGCGAUGCUUGAAAUCCUGUAGCAGCGCAUGUUUUUUGUCCUUUCCCUUCCAAAACACGCACUUCUCCCAACCGCCCCUUCCUCUGCAGGGACCAGCAGAGAUAUUUGUGCUUCGCUGAUGGGUAAUGGGUGCUCUAGAGCUUUUCUGAGUGCCAGCGUGAACACUGAUGUUAAUAUUUACGCUUUACUGUUUGCAAAUUUCUUUGAGAAAUGCAUUCAGUGUUUGCAGGCUUGCAUUUAUGCUGCAUUUUUAAGGUUUAUUAGCACUGUUUCUACAGGUUCUGAUACCGAUUCAACCUGCAAAGUGGUAACCUGAAAAAUAGUAACCUGAUCGAACUUGAAAAACAGGAAGAGUUUUAGGUACAGGAGCCAAAAUGUUGAGAAUUACGAGGAAAUUUCCAGUUAACACAUUAAAGUCAUCCAUUUUGUGCCAUGAGCAUGUGUAUUUCAGGAAGACAAAAUUCAGAAUCAUAAGUGUGACACAGCAAAACUGCAAUCUACAAAACUACAGUUCUCCCCCAGGAGAUGUUAAAUCUCUGCGUUCUGUCAUUAAUCCUCAUAUAUCCAGGAUCCGGAACAUUGGCAUUAUGGCCCACAUUGAUGCAGGGAAAACUACGACAACAGAGAGAAUGCUGUAUUAUUCUGGAUACAUAAGAACACUUGGAGAUGUUGAUGAUGGGGACACAGUGACAGAUUUUAUGGUACAGGAACGAGAACGUGGUAUUACCAUUCAGUCCGCUGCUGUUACGUUUGACUGGAAGGACUACAGAAUCAACCUGAUUGACACACCAGGUCAUGUAGACUUUACAGUGGAAGUGGAGCGUUGCUUGAGAGUCCUGGAUGGAGCUGUAGCCGUGUUUGAUGCUUCAGCUGGUGUUGAGGCCCAGACUCUGACAGUGUGGAGACAAGCGGACAAACAUCAGAUACCAAGAAUUUGCUUUUUGAACAAGAUGGACAAGAACAGGGCAAGUUUUACAUAUGCUGUUGAGAGCAUCAAACAGAAGUUGAAGGCUAAACCAUUGCUUUUGCAGUUGCCCAUUGGGGAAGCCAAGACCUUCAGAGGACUGGUUGAUGUUGUGACUAAGGAACAAAUAAUUUGGAAACCUACUUCUGAUUUGGAUGAUGGAAAAAAUUUUGAGCAAAAGCCGCUGCUGGAGGCUGAUGACCCUGACCUUUUCCAAGAAGUCCAGGAUGCCAGAAGUGCCUUAAUAGAACAAGUUGCAGAUCUGGAUGAUGAAUUUGCUGAACUGGUUCUAGGAGAAUAUAGUGAAAAUUUUGACUUAAUUCCAGCUGACAAGUUGCAGUCUGCUGUCCGCAGAGUGACGCUGGCUCAGAAAGCGGUGCCGGUACUCUGCGGCAGUGCCCUGAGGAACAGAGGAGUGCAGCCACUGCUGGAUGCUAUUACUAUGUACUUGCCUGCACCUAACGAGCGCUCCUAUGAGUUUCUACAGUGGUACAAGGAUGACCUGUGUGCCCUAGCAUUUAAAGUUCUCCAUGAUAAAUGUCGUGGACCACUAGUUUUCAUUCGCGUCUACUCAGGUUCACUGAAACCUCAAUCAGCUGUAUAUAAUAUUAACAAAAGUUGCACGGAGAGAAUGAGCCGGCUGCUCCUGCCUUUUGCUGAUCAGCAAAUUGAAAUACCAUCACUUAUGCCUGGCAACAUUGCCCUUACUGUUGGGUUAAAACAGAGUGCCACUGGAGAUACCAUAGUGUCAUCAAAGGCUUCAGCAGUGGCUGCAGCACGCCGAGCUGGAAGGGGUGCUCCAGGAGAGAAGUCUACCGGUGAUGUUGAGAGCCUUCUGCUGGCAGGUGUUGAGAUCCCUGACCCCGUCUUCUUCUGCACAAUUGAACCUCCUUCAAUGGCCAAACAACAAGAGUUGGACAACGCAUUGAGCUGCCUUCAACGUGAAGAUCCAAGUUUAAAAGUGAAGCUAGAUCCUGACACAGGACAAACUAUUCUUUGUGGCAUGGGAGAGCUACACAUAGAGAUCAUUCAUGACCGAAUCAAACGUGAAUAUGGAAUUGAGACUUAUUUGGGACCUCUUCAAAUAGCAUACAGAGAAACCAUCGUAAAUGCUUCCCAAGCUACAGAUACAUUGGACAAAACAGUGGGAGAUAAACGACACUUGGUAACUGCAGAGUUAGAGGUGAGGCCCAGGGUAGGAGAGAGAGCAACGACAAAACCCGUCAUCGAGUACGCUGCAAGCGUCAUCGAAGGGCUGCCCAAAGAACUCCAAGGAGCUAUAGAAAAUGGAAUCACAAAUUCAUGCAUUCAAGGGCCUUUGCUUGGAUUCCCAGUUCAGGAUAUAGAUGUGACAGUACAAUCACUGAUGGUGCACCCUGACACCUCCCACACGAUGGUAUCAGCCUGUGUCUCCCGUUGCAUGCAAAAGGCUUUGAAAAAAGCUGGUAUACAAGUACUGGAGCCCUUGAUGAACCUAGAGAUCACAGUAAGUGAAGAUCAUCUCAGUGCAGCACUCGCUGACCUUGCACAGCGGAGAGGGAGUAUUCAAGAAAUCCAGAGCCGUCAAGAUAACAGAGUUGUGGUUGCUUCUGUUCCACUAGCAGAAAUGAUGGGCUACUCGACAGUUUUGCGUUCUCUAACAUCAGGCUCAGCAACCUUCACUUUGGAGCUUGCCAGUUACCAAGCCCUUAACAGUCAAGAGCAAAGCGCGCUGCUUCAGAGGAGAAUGGGGUUGGUGUGAUCGCUUUGCUCUGUAGAACAAUAAAGACAUAUUUCUUAGCCUCCCUGUUUAACUAUUUUCAGGAGCCUGUUCAUGUACACCAGUAUGUUCUUCUGGGACCAACUGGUUGUGGUAAAUGAGGAAUUAGCAGCUGUAUGAGCAGAUGGUGCUUUUAACUGUCCAGGGGAAGGUUCAGGAGAUGCUUGUGUUCUUCUGCAAAGCAGCUGAACAAGAGCUGCAACCACAGUCUGCUGCUGCUGAAACCUUAUCGUACAGAUCUCUGCAAUGAGAACUGAUUUCAAAUCCUCUUUGUAGAAAUGAGCACCAAGGGCACCUUAAUGUGCAAUG